ACAUAUACUUUAGGCGGAUUUAACUCGGUAUUUGAUGACUAUUUUAAACCUAUCACGCACAUAGGACCAUUUCCCCCCUAGAAUAUCCUAAAGACGAACUUUUUUUAUUAAUUCAUAAAGAGUUAAUGGGUCAAUGCUGGUUGGAUAUUUUCUGUUUUGGGGUGUUGAUUUCAGACUUCCGUACCUGAAGCCAAAUUCUCAUAUCAACAAUGGAAAGCCAAUCAGAGAAGAAACCAGAAUCUGUUUUUGACUUCACUGUAAAGGAUUCGAAGGGAAAUGAUAUAGACCUUAGUAGCUACAAAGGAAAGGUCCUACUUAUCGUGAAUGUUGCUUCCAAGUGUGGGAUGACUAACUCAAACUACGCAGAACUCAACCAAUUAUAUGAGAAGUACAAAGAUCAAGGCCUGGAAAUAUUGGCAUUUCCUUGCAAUCAAUUUGGCGAGGAAGAACCAGGGAGCAAUGAUCAGAUCUUAGACUUCGUUUGUACACGUUUCAAGUCAGAGUUCCCUAUAUUUGACAAGAUUGAAGUGAAUGGCGAAAAUGCAUCUCCUCUUUAUAAGUUGUUGAAAUCGGGCAAGUGGGGAAUAUUUGGGGAUGAUAUUCAGUGGAAUUUUGCUAAGUUCCUGGUUGAUAAGAAUGGACAGGCUGCUGAUCGCUAUUAUCCUACCACCUCUCCUCUGACAAUUGAGAGGGAUAUAAAAAAGCUGCUGGAAAUGGUGUAGUUGCCAAGGUUGAGCUUUCGACGAUGUGGAUCAAUUUUUGACUUGUUAAUGUUGGCUUGGUUUUAUUGUAGGAGUUUGCCCCUUAUUUUCUUUAUUUGGUUAUCUGAUAACAGAACUUGUAUGUUCUUUUGGAGAAGUUUUAAACUGACUUUUAUUAAUCAAUUCCUACAUGUUAUUCUGUCUCUUGAUAUUACCAAUCUGCUGGACAUUUCCCGAAACAGAUAGCCAGGCAUUUGAAA